AUGGUCAGCACCCGUUCAACAGUGCAGAAAUUGAUUCCACUUGAUCCAGAACUUGAGCAGCAUUUAAGAAGGAAACGCAGAGAGCAAAAUUUGCAGCGGGUUCGUCCUCUGCAGAAGACAUUUUUGAAAUCAGUCUUUUCUGGGGACCUGCACAACAAAGAAAAAAUGGCGUUUGUAAUUCCAGAGGCAGGUCUGCCCCUGGGUGAUUCACUGACAGCCCAUACAACAAAUAUACCCAGUUGCAUUACAUAUCCGGCAGUGGAGGAAGGGACAGCAUUUGAAAUAAAACAGCACAUGUUGAAUAUUCUACCUACUUUUCAUGGGUUAUCAUCUGAUGAUCCUAACAUGCACAUUGCAGAAUUUUUAAUGGGGUGCAAAAACAUUUUGGUGAGGGGAUUUUCAGCCGAAUCUAUUAAGCUGCGUUUAUUUCCAUACACUCUGAAAGAUCAGGCCAGGAGAUGGCUCCUCACACUCCCAUCUGGAAGCAUUACAACUUGGGCCCAACUUAGUGAAAAAAUUUUAAACAAGUAUUAUCCGGCUUCUAAAACCCUUGACAUGAGAACUCAGAUUUUAUCGUUUGCCCAAAAACCAAAUGAGGAGUUUCAUGAGGCGUGGGAGCGGUUCAAAGAGUUGAUUAGAAAAUGUCCGCAUUCGGGUAUUAACACUACUGAUCAAAUGCAUAUAUUUUUCAGAGGGUUGAAUAUGACUACAAAAACUCUUGUCAACGCAUCUUGCGGAGGUUCGUACAAGGAUAAAAAUGCACAAGAGGCUUGUUUGUUAUUUGAAAAAAUGGCAGCAGAUACACAACAGUGGGCAGUUGAGCAGUUACAAUCUAGGUCUGUUUUUGAGAUGUCUAACGGUUCUCCGUAUGUUACAGCACAAAUUGAAAAAAUGGAGAAAAGGCUUGACGGAAAAUUUGAUAUGUUAUUACAGAGAAUACCAGGUUCACAGGUUGCUGUACAGCAGCCCUUACAAGCUGCCUGCAGCAUUUGCAGUUUGACAAAUCAUGAUUUUUUGAGCUGUCCACAUAAAGAUGCUUAUCCGGAGUUUAUGGCGGAGCAGGUUAAUUCAUUCAAUAAUUUUCAGCGUCCCAGAUAUGACCCGUAUUCAAAUUUCUACAACCCAGGUUGGAGAGAUCAUCCUAAUUUAAAGUGGGACAAAGAUCAACACACUAGGCCUCAAUUUCAACAGCAGGUACAACAACAUGUUGCACCUAAGGCUGCUUGGGAAGUUGCAAUUAAAAAAUUAGCAAAUACUACCAGUCAAGAAAUCCAAAAUCUGCAUGCAUCAAUGAAAAAUAUGGAAAAACAAAUUGGGCAAAUUGCUUUGCAGGUUUCAGAAAGGGCACCAGGUUCAUUUCCUAGUCAAACAGUACCUAAUCCAAGAGGACGAGAGGAAUGCAAUGCUGUACACACUUUACGGUCUGGCAAAAGUUACAUCAGCAAACAUGAAAAUUCUGUUGAAAAUUCGCAGGCAGCAGAACUGCCUCAACCUAAAUCUGCAAAUUUUGCAGAUUCUGAAAUUUCUGCAGAUUCUGGGCAGUCUCAAGACAGAUCCGAAAAUACUGCAGAAGCUUCCACAAAGACUGCAGAACGUGUUUACAAGCCUCCUAUGCCCUACCCAGAAAGGUUGAAGCCUAAAGCUAAAGAUCAACAGUUGACAGAUUUUAUGAAAACUUUGGCUAAGGUUCAAAUUAAUCUUCCAUUAAUUGAUGCAAUCAAGAACAUUCCAUCUUAUGCCAAGUUUUUUAAGGACGUUUGUACAAAGAAAAAGAAGCUUGUGGAUUCCGAAAAAGUGAAUCUAAUAGAACAGUGCAGUGCGGUCUUAUUGCAUAAAUUGCCUCAAAAGAAAAAAGAUCCAGGGAGUUUUACUAUCUCUUGCACCAUUGGAAAUUGUGAUUUUAGUAGUGCUUUAAUUGAUUUAGGUGCUAGUGUAAACUUAAUGCCAUAUUCUGUUUUCAAACGUUUAGGUGAAGGGGAGCUGAAAACAACCUCCAGUAUUAUUCAAUUGGCUGACCGUUCAAUUACCUACCCUAGAGGAGUUAUUGAAGAUGUUAUUGUGAAGGUUGACAACUUAUAUUUACCGGCUGAUUUUAUGGUGUUGGACAUGGAUGAGGAUUUGACAACGCCCAUUAUUUUGGGCCGCCCAUUUCUGGCAACAGCCCGGACUCUUAUUGACGUUGAAGCCGGAACAUUAACAUUCCGGGUUGAAGAUCAAACUGUUGUUUUCAAGUUGUUUGAAGCAAGCAUACAUUCAGGUGACAAGCAAGAAUGCAUGCGUGUUGAUGCAUUGGAUGGUUUACCAAGUGCCAAGUUUAUGAACAGAUCAUCAACUGACCAUCUAUCCAUAAAGCCCCCGAAUUUAACUCGUGAUUGUUCAAGUCCUAAACCACAGCAGAAAAGGGUGAUACAUGAAGACCAGCCAAUUAACAAUAUGAAAAUAUGA